UUUACCAAACAACCACUCCUUUCCGGCAAAAGUAAACAUCUCUCCCAUUCUCUAAACCUGAACAACCUUGUCACUCUCCCGUCUUCACCUCCCAAUACUUACAUCCUUAAACGCCGUCGUUUCGAUCACCAUAAACGACUCUGCUUCGAUUCUCACAAUAAGAUUCGAUUCGACAUGAAGCGUGGCGCUGCUGAAGUUUGUGCAGAUAGCUACGAUGUGAGUAGGAAACGGAUGAAGUUUUCCAAUAGAGAACAAAAUGGUCAAGUUUAUGAUUAUUCUGAUCCAUUCACAAUUCCAGACCUUUUAGAAAGCAUCACCUCUGGUAAAUAUGGAAGUGUAACAAAAGAUGUUGAAGCAUUGGUUGCACGAAAGACACUGGUGUUUAACUCGUUAUUUACCAUGUGUCCUGAUCUUGAAUGGGCAUUACCAAGUGCAAUGUACAAUAGAGAUAUAGAAGUGUCGGGCAAGAAAAUUAAUGAUGUUGUCGAUUUAGAGAGGUCUGAAACCAAAUCAAUCAUUCCAACUACUGAUGUGUAUAUAAUUGAUUCGGAUGAAGAGGAUGUGAACAGAAGACCUCUCAAUUAUUUUCAAGAAAUUUCCUUUCCAAGGCCACUUAAUACUCUUGAACUCCAUGCACAGAGCUUACUGAAUCCGAAUUUCCUGGCUGUUACUACUCCCAAAAAAGAGGAUAUAAAAGUUGAUAAGAUUAAAGAUAAAGGUACUUACGUAGGUGUUGAAGAUGAGUUGAGUGAGGAAGAUCAUCCGUCUGUUGAAGAUGAAGAGCUAUCUGACAUUUGGAAAGAAAUGAAUUUUGCUCUAGAAUCUACCAAGGAUGCUGCAUUUCAUUCAGGUGAUGAACAUUCAGAGGAAGAGGAUGAGGGUUGUGAUCAUUCAUAUGUCCUUAAAGAUGAUAUUGGUUACGUGUGUCGUGUUUGUGGAGUUGUUCAAAGGGCAAUUGAAACUAUAUUUGAUUUUCAGUAUAUAAAGGCUGCGCGAUCGAGAACUUACAGAUCCGAAUCACGUUCUAACAAAGAGAAUGAUGUCGUUGACACUUACGCAGACGAGAAGUUGUCUGGGGUUGAUUUAGCUGUGAAAGAAGUCUCUGCUCACCCUAGGCAUAAGAAGCAAAUGAAGCCUCAUCAGUUAGAAGGAUUUAACUUCUUGCUGAGCAACUUAAUAACGGAAAAACCUGGUGGCUGCAUCUUGGCCCAUGCUCCAGGGUCUGGAAAAACUUUCAUGAUUAUCAGUUUCAUGCAGAGUUUUCUGGCCCAGUAUCCAGAUGCUAGGCCAUUGGUCGUGCUUCCAAAGGGUAUUCUUCCUACAUGGAAAAAGGAGUUCCAAAGAUGGCAAGUGGAGGACAUUCCUUUACUUGAUUUUUAUUCUAUGAAAGCUGAUAAUAGGAUUCAGCAAAGGGAAGUCCUCAAACAGUGGGUAGAGCGGAGGAGCAUACUCUUUUUGGGCUAUAAGCAAUUCUCUAAUAUUAUUACUGGUGACAGCUCGUGCACCACGAAUGCUUAUUGCCAGAACGCACUGCUCAAGCGUCCGGAUAUCCUUAUCUUGGAUGAAGGUCACACUCCUAGAAAUGAGAACACUGAUGUGCUGAAUUCACUUGCCAAGGUCCAGACUCCUAGGAAGGUAGUGCUAUCUGGUACACUAUACCAAAAUCAUGUCAAAGAGGUAUUCACUAUCUUAAAUCUGGUGCGUCCAAAAUUUUUGAAGAUGGACACUUCCCGAAGCAUUAAGAAACGUAUCUUGAGUAGAGUACAGUUUCAAGGGUUCAAGAAGCAGCUAAAAGGUGGAAAUGUGGAGAGCAACUUUUUUGACCUUGUUGAAUACACCCUUCAGCAGGAAGAGGAUUGGAAAAGAAAGGAGGCUGUGAUAAAAGACUUGAGGGAGAUGACUAGCAAGGUUUUACACUACUACAGGGGAGACUUCUUGGAUGAUCUCCCAGGACUUUUAGACUUUACUGUUCUUCUUGGACUGAGUCCUCAACAGAAAAUCGAAAUUGACAAGCUGAAGAAGAGGGAAAAAACAAAAUUUAGAAAAACUUCUUUAGGUUGUGCAGUUUACACUCACCCAAAGCUGAAGCAGUUUUCAGAUAAUAAUACUACAACCGAGAAACUUCCCCAUGACAUCUCUAAGAUUGAUGAGCUUAUCGAAAGGAUAGAUAUAAGAGAUGGUGUCAAGGCUAAAUUUUUCCUUAAUAUGCUGGGUUUGUGUGAAAGUACGGGUGAGAAGCUACUGGUGUUUAGCCAGUAUUUGCUACCUUUGAAGUUUUUGGAAAGAUUGACCAUCUAUAAGAAGGCUUGGACUAUAGGUAAAGAAAUUUUCAUGAUAAUUGGUGAUACAGCUACAGAGCAGCGAGAAUUGCAUAUGGAACGAUUCAAUAAUUCUCCUGAUGCAAGGGUCUUUUUUGGAUCUAUCAAAGCUUGCGGAGAAGGAAUAUCUCUCGUGGGGGCUUCUCGCAUUAUAAUCUUGGAUGUCCAUCUCAAUCCAUCUGUAUCUCGCCAAGCAAUAGGGCGUGCUUUUCGACCUGGUCAGGUGAAGAAAGUUUUUUCUUAUAGACUUGUUGCUGCAGACUCUCCAGAAGAAGAAGACCAUCUCACGUGUUUCAAGAAAGAACAAAUUGCAAAAAGGUGGUUUGAAUGGAAUGAAUACCGUGGCAGCCAAGAUUUCGGGAUGGAAGCCGUCGAUAUUAAAGACUCGGGGGAUUCAUUCCUGGAAAGCCAGUCACUUGCUGAGGAUGUGAAGGCUCUGCACAGAAGGUAACUGUCCGUUGUGGAAGCUUCCAGAAGAUGCUUAACAAUUUAGGUAUGCAUAGUUUUUUGCUUUUGAUCAACCCAAGUUUGUACAGUCCUACAGGGUACCAAGACUGGAUGAUAAGCAUUGAAACUAUGAUUUUUUAGGUAAGUUUUUAAAUGUCAAUGCCUUUAGCUGGUUAAGAUUGUGUUUUGAUGAAACCGCACUACAAACUCUUGUGCUACGAUCCUGCAUUUCUGGCACAUGCACUUUUAAAAUGCUAACAUGUGUAUAUGCUCUUAGACAAAUGCAUUUCCUAAAUCGCUGUUUGACAUAUUAUCUUAGAAAUACUAUUGAUCAUUUACUCAUUCAUUCAUCUGCAUAACUAAAAA